GCAUCUUCCCCCUCAGUCAGUCUGACCGCCCACAGUCCGGGGGGAGAAAGUGCUGCUUUGUGAAUGAAGGGAGCGGCGGAGAGCAGAAAACAAACUUUACCAACAUUAUUUCCGACGGGGUUGACAUUCAACUAGAGCGGUUUCGACGGUGCAACAACCGACACCUGGCCGACAAGGACCAAGAAAAUACAAAGCUCCCCUUGAGAAGCUCUAAGUCAUGGUGGUCAGUUUGGCCUGUGUGGCCUGUCUCUGCCUGGUGGUGGUAGUCAGUGGUGACACCUGCCUCAUUAUCAGCGAGAUCAACGCCGACAACCCCAGACUGGACACCACUGAGUUUGUGGAGUUGUAUCACACCAGUGGACAACAGGCUUCACUGGAUGGCUAUACUCUUGUGUUCUAUAAUGGAAAUGGAAAUAUAGCCUACAAGGUGCUGGAUCUCAAAGGCCACAGCACAAAUGACAGAGGAUUCUUCCUGGUGGGCUCGGUGGAUAUGCAGCCAAAACCAGCCAUCCUCCUGCCUCCCAACACAGUCCAGAACGGCCCAGACGCUGUCGUCCUCUAUCACACAUCUGCUGCUCGCUACAGUGAGAAGAUGAAUGUCACCGCCUUUGGGCUGGUGGACGCUGUCGUGUACAUGACUCGCCGUACUGGGGGCGCAGAGUUCCUCGCUGAGAUUCUGACACCAGGAGAACCAGCCUUCGUUGAGGAUGAAACAGCCCUUGAGGGGGACGAGUCAAUUGAAAGGUGCCUGCUGUCCGAAGACCGCUGGGGCUUUCAGGUGUCCUCACCUUCCCCAGGUCAGAGGAAUAACUGCACCCCGCCUGCCGCCCCAGCAUCCAUUCCUGUCAUCACUGAGCUGAAGCUGGGAGGAGGGCAGGUGGACGGGUUUGUGGAGCUAACAGAGGCUCCAGCUGCAGGUCCUCUGGUGCUGGUUGUGUUGGAUGGGAGAACGGACAUGGUCAGCGUGAGUGUGGACGUGAAUGUGGACGCUUUCAGGAAUGGGUUGAUCUCCGUGAACAUAGAGAAGAACUACAUGAAAGGAGAUGAGUCUGGAGCAGUGGCUAUUUACAGUGGCAGAGCCUCAGUCUUCCCUGUUGGCAGUCCACUGAGCCAGAUACAGCCUCUAGACGCAUUUGUGUUUGCUGGACCUGGAAACAAGCCCAGUGCCAACCUUACAGAGACUCUCAUCCCAGGCAGAGAGCCAUACCAACUCAGUAACAGUUUAUUGAAAGAGGGAGGCUUCUAUCUGAGUCGCUGUGGUGUGGCCACCUGGGCCAGAGACCCUGGUGUCUUCUGGGAGGCCUCUCAAACUCCCGCACAGCCCAACCAGUGCCCCUGGCCAAAGAUCUGCCCGCACAGUAUUGUAAUUCCAGGAGGUACAGAUUCACCACCUCACCUCCCACCCUGGGGGAACAGUGACUUCCUGAUCAAUGAGCUGAACACUGAUACACCUGGCGCAGCUGAGGACGGCGAGUACAUCGAGCUUUGGCAUCCAUCAGGACGCCGGGUCUCCCUGCAAGGAAUCUGGAUCCUACUGUUCAGUGCACACAACAACAAACCCUACAUGGAGAUCAGCCUAAGUGGACACUUCACUACUUCUAAGGGCUACUUUCUGCUGGGAAGUGACCGGUUGGUGCCAGCUCCAUCACUCCGCCUGCCCCCCAAUACCAUCCAGAAUGGACCAGAUGCUGUGGCACUCUAUCGCAGCCCUUUUGGCCCACCAUCAGCCACGCAAAGGGGGAUCCCCACCAAAGGCCUGCUGGAUGCAGUCGUCUACCGGCAGAGAGGAUCAGAUAAGGAGGCACAGGAGCUGAGUAAAGCUCUGACCCCGGGGCAGCUGCCUCUGCUGGAGGAUCCAGAGGUUCUGCCUGGUGAUGAGGCCCUCAGCCGCUGUAGAGGUCUUUAUCCCUAUGACCUGUCUGCUUUUUCAGUGGCCCCACCCACGCCUCUGAGGGAGAACAGCUGCCCCCGCCCCCCUCCAGCCCCUGAGGGUGUGGUCAUCAGCGAGGUGGCUAGUGGCCAUUGGACCAAUCACAGCCAGCAGAGGGCCUUUGUGGAACUGCACGGGCCCCCCAUGACAAACCUGCGGGGCCUGGUGCUGUCUGUGUUUGACCAGGAGCGCAGUGGGACCAUCAUUGCCUUUCCGUUGACCGGAUCUGUUGACCAGGAUGGAUUUUACGUCGUUGGAAAUGUCACGGGAGCAGAUCAGACUUUCCCGGAUGGCUCCACGGUGCCUGUACGAGGAGCCGUAGUCCUGUGCUAUGACCUGUUCAGUGUCUGUAGAGCUGGCACUGCUCUGACCAACUCCAGUCUCAGAGAUGUACUUGUGUUCAGUGAAAACCAGCAGCUGCUCUCCUCUCUGUCCACCACCAGAGGGAGACAAGUGAUUCCAGCUGCCAGGUCAGUGGAAGAUGGUCCUGUUUCGCUCAGCCGGUGUUCAUGCUGCGAGGUGAGGAGCCCCUCCUCCUGGACAAGCUCGUCGCCCACACCUCACAGAACCAACAUCUGUCCGAGCGCCGCCUUCUCAAGUCGCAUUGAUCUUUGCCUCGGACCCCUGUCCAGUGACUGGCAGGAGCAGUCGGGAGACUGCAAUGGUCUAAUCCAGGGGAGGGUCGCUGAGGUGGCCGACUACCUGGAGCAGAAGUGUCACUGUGGCAUCUCUGCCUUGUAUCUUCAAGGAGCCAACUUUUCCUGCAUGUCUGGGUGGCUGCGAGUGUGGGGGAACAUCCAGGCACUGUCGGAUCAUCAGAAGGCCCUCAUCAUCCAGACAUCGCACAUGACUCCUUCCUCUGCUCAGGGAGGCUUCUGCUCUGCCACCACGGGCCCGUCUGCCCUGGGCUUACAGAUAGGGCUGAUAGUAGCAGGGCUCCUGCUGCUGGGACUAGGAGCUGCUCUGUCCAUAUACUUCUACAGGAAGAGGCGCCCUCUGGACUAUUACACCAUGGAGCUGAGUGAACACGCAGAGGGCCUGUCAGAUCUAUAAUCCAGGCAUCUGGAGGUGCUCGUGUGCAUGGGACGACUUCAGCAGAAAGAGCGAGAGGCAGGGGGGUAAUCAAUUUGACCUGUACGUAAAUGAUUGUGCGGUUGUUUUGAACCGAGUGCCACCACAAGUGUCCUUUUGUGUGUCUUUGGAAGAUCACUGACGAAAUGACUCGUAAUUGUCUGUUAGCAGUGUGGUUGCAUCCAGUGUGUGACAUGUGAUAUUUCAUGGCACCGGUGACACUUAAAUCAGGCAACCCCUGAAUUUUAAAAUACAAAAUAAUAACGUAUUUUUCUAAAAGAUGGUGUACAACCUUUGCCCUGUGAACAGUGCUGGUUACAACUUUUAAAGCAAAAGGAAGAUAAAAGGGAGGAUUUUUUUGUAAUACUUGAGUCCUAAAUGGUCAUUUUUGUUGACUUGUUUAUGUUACUGUGGAAAAAGCCUUUAAAAUUCAAAAAUGUAACAGCCAUGCUAUGCAGGAAGAUUUAUCAAUGUAAUGACCUUCAUCACUUCUCAGCUGGUGCGUUGUUUUAACAACAGACUUUACAACCAAGAUAGUAUUCAUCAAGCUCACAUUUAGUAUCCAAACGGUUGACUUCCUGCUUUGUUUUCUUGCUACAUGCUGUUAAAAUCCAUUUUAGACUUUCAAAGGGCUUGAUUGUCUUUUAAAUGUGAAUGUCUUUAGCUAACGUGUGAUGAGUGUCUGUAACCACUUUUGUUGCUUAAAGCAAACUGUUUACAUUUUCUUCGAUCAAAAAUAAGGAAAAGGGAAGAGAGUAAUUUCUUGAAUGAAGAGUAUUUGUUUUUAGGAAUGAGAGAUUGCUUAAGAAAAUUAGAACUAUUUUAUGUUUUGUGUGUUUUUAGUGGCUCAGAAACCUCUACUGUGCCUUUUUACUUGUGUGUUAUUUGAUCAGCUGAUUCCUCAUUUAUUAGAGGGAAAGAACAGCCAUCUCUGCUGCAUCUUAAGUGUAAAUACUAUGGAUAUGUUGUUAGUUAUUCUCGGGGGGGGGGGGCAGUUUUCACCAAUCUGAAGUGAUAAGUUAUUGUAGAACACAGAUACUAGCUGGGCUCAGAGAAAAAAGUGAAAUAUUUUGAUUGUUUAAGUGUGAUCUAAGUUUGAUUUAAGUUGAAAAUCUAAAGAUUAAUUUGAAAAUAAUCAAAAAUUGCCAAAACAAAGUGCCAUGAAAUAAACGUAUAAGCCUGGAUAUGCUCCAUUUGUUAUAUUGUUGAUGUGUCGCUUACCUUGUAAUGUUGCCUGACUCAUCUGCUGUGGUGCACAACAUUUCAGAUUGUUUGCUUUAAUUGCCUUUUGUGAGGAGAUCUCUCUCCUCGGUACCAUUUUCCUCAGUUCUGAUUUCUGAGUGUUGACAUAAAUUAAUACACCUUUGUCAAGCAAAAUGAACCCUGUGAUAUCAGAUUUAUUUUACAGUAACACCACUGCUUUCGUAUAAGCUCAACUAUUUUGUAAAAAAAA